AUGAGCACUAUUGCCGCGCCGCUCGAAGGUGCCUGUGCAACCGCGGGCGCUGUGUCGACGCCUGUGCAGACCGCACGCUGCCUGCGCAGAGGGAGGGCAAGGCCGUUGGGAGUGGAUGAGUUGCCAGGUGGUGGUGGUGGUGGUCGCUCCGUUUUGUCAACGCCCAGCGAGAACCAGCACCAGACGGAAGACGAUCCGUCCAGGAGAGUCGACAAAAUGCCCACCGCGUGGCUCGAAUGUCGCAGUCGCGGGGGGCCGCACGGGGCUGGGAAGGUGAAGAGCGAAUAUGAAGAAGUGAACCAGAACGACAGUGGCCGUGUCCAGGUGGAAUGGGAGGAAUAUUUGGUCUGGUCCGCCUUGGGAAUUGCUCCUUCUCUUUGCUUUUCGCCGUCAGUCUGGGAGAUGCUCCUCUUCGUGGCUCUGUUGCUGCAACGACGUGCUCGCGGUGUCACGCCGGGAUGUGGUGGGAAACGACCGAACGCUAUGUGCUCAGCGCAACGCCGGAAACGCGAUCAAUAA